GAAAGUCGGAUCAUAGGCCUGUUAACAUCAUUUCGUGUUUUAUAUUUACGGUACUACGUACAGUAUUUUUGAAGUAGACUCUUUGAUUUGAAAUGUAGAUGUUUUCUGCAGCAGGACCACGAUGCCAAGCCAAAUACGUAAACGGUGGACGCGCUUUCUGCUGAUGAUUUUCUUCACGGAUGUUUCCUGUGGACAAAUUGUUUAUUCUGUGAAUGAAGAAUCGGAUCGAGGGACCGCCGUCGGAAAUCUGGCUAAAGAUUUUAAUAUCCCUGGACAUGAACUGGAAUCGCGAAGGUUUCAUAUUGCAGCCGGCACCAAUGAAAGGUAUUUUGGUGUGGAUAUAAAAACUGGGAUGCUGUACGUGAAAGAGAGAAUAGACAGGGAAGCGCAUUGUGGAUGGAAUGUGAAGUGUUUGUUGCAUCUUGAAGCGAUGGCUAAUUCACCCCUUAUUCUAUACAGUUUUGACGUUAAUAUUUUAGAUAUUAAUGACAAUGCCCCGACUUUCCGUAUGGCAAAUAGUCACCUAAAUAUUUCAGAGUUAGCGUUUCCGGGGGAGAGAUUCACUUUGCCGACAGCAAGUGACGCAGAUGUGGGAAAUAAUGGCGUAAAAAGCUACAAACUGAGUGCAAAUGAGCACUUCAGUCUGGAUGUUCAGAGUGGAGGAGAACAGAGUACAUUUGCGGAACUGGUUCUACAGAAAGCUUUAGACAGAGAGAAACAGCCUGUGAUCCAUCUCGUAUUAACAGCUUUUGACGGAGGAAAACCUGCGAGGUCCGGAACAUUGCAGAUAAUUAUCAAUGUGAUUGACGUGAACGAUAACAUCCCUGUUUUUAAUAAAACACUGUAUAAGGCCCGUAUUUCAGAGGACGCACCAUUCGGAUCUUCCGUUAUUACAGUUGCUGCUACGGACCUGGAUGAGGGCCAAAAUGGUGAAAUAAUUUACUCAUUCGUAAACCACGACAAUGAUAAUAAUGUCGAUAUGUUUGCUAUUGAUCCAGGGAACGGUGAUAUUACGGUAAAAGGGGUCUUGGAUUACGAAACAAAGAGUGCGAUUGAGAUUCGCGUUCAAGCAAAAGAUAAAGGA